AUGGACCUGAAAGCGGGACAAGGGCUUUAUGAGCCACGGGCUUUUCGCAUUAUCCUUAGCGUCGUGCUGUCUGUGGCUCUGGCAUGGCUCCUACUGGGUCGCAGCCAGCGUCGUCGUACUGAGAGUCGCUUCGCCGCCGAGAAAGGAUGUCUGCCUCCUAAGACAUGGAACUCGAGGUGGCCGCUUGGCCUAGAUAUGCUAGCCAAGGCUAUCAAGUACGCCAGAACAAUGCAGAUCCUGCAGUUCUUCCUCGAUGUUGUAGACGACAACGGCACCACGUUCGUCCAGGAGCUGCUGGGUGCUACGGGCAUCGACACGGUAGAUCCUGAAAACAUUGAGGCAGUCCUAUCGACAAAUUUUGAGGAUUAUAGUCUCGGUCUUCGAGCUCUCCACUUCCGGCCUCUCCUGGGGAGCGGCAUCUUCACUCAGGAUGGUGCCCUUUGGAAGCACUCGAGGGCUUUACUUAGGCCACAGUUUGCUUCGAAUAGGUCCCAAAACUUUGAACAAAUCAAGAAUUGCGUACAGAACCUCAUUGACGUUAUUCCCACUGAUGGCAGCACGGUUGACCUCCAACCCCUCUUUUUCAAGCUCACCUUCGACACCACAAUGUUCCUCCUCUUCGGCGACUCGGUACUGGAUCUCGACUGGGGGAAGGUUGCGGGCCAGGAGUCGUCAUUCGCACAAGCCUUCAAUCUGGCGCAGGACUACCUCGCUCACCGAGGACGCCUCGGCCAGUUCCACUGGUUGCUGAAUGACAAGGCCUUCCGUGAUGCCUGCAAAAGAUGUCACCAAUUUGUGGAUGAGGCGGUUGACAAGGCGCUACAACCAACUUCGAAGGUACAAGAGAAGGACACGGACUUGCACAGCAAUUACUCAUUCAUUGAUGCUCUGGCGGAGCAGACUCAGGAUAGAAAGGUUUUGCGGGAUCAAUGCUUCAACGUGCUGCUCGCUGGUCGCGACACCACGGGCUGCUGUCUCUCUUGGUCAUUCAGGCUACUGGCCCGUCAUCCACAAGUUCUUCAACGUCUGCGAGAGGAAAUCGCCAGUGUCUGCAGCAUAGGGCCUGGAUCGCAGCCGCCGUCCCGAGAUGACUUGAAGCCCACCAGAAUGCCGUACCUUAGUCUGGUAGUCAAAGAAGUACUGCGACUAUACCCCUCCGUCCCCGUGAACUCGCGAGAGGCGAUCCGCAUGACCACACUUCCUGUCGGUGGCGGACCUGACGGCAAAGCACCCAUCCUUGUCCGCCCCGGCCAGGCAGUGGGCUACUGUGUCUAUGCAAUGCACCGCAGGAAGGACAUAUACGGCGAGGACGCGGAGGCGUUCCGGCCUGAGCGGUGGGAGGAAGACGGCUUAAAAGAUGUGGGCUGGGCGUACCUACCAUUCAACGGUGGACCUAGGCUAUGCUUGGGACAAGACUUCGCGCUGCUGGAAGUCUCGUACACAAUAUGCCGCAUUAUCCAGACCUUCCCUCACAUCGUGGUUCCGGAUUCCGAGCCUCACGUCGAGGUCGGCCAAGAAAGACAGACCUUGACCCUAGUCGUCGCCAGUGCGGAUGGCUGCCGAUUGUCACUGAAUGCUACUGAAGCUAGGCAAUAG